GUUAAGCGAUUGAUGCGGGAAGCUCAAGAGCUCUCGCAGCCGACAGAACUUUAUUAUGCUCAACCUCUCGAAGCAAGUGUUAUUCCACAGUGGCACUUUACUAUUCGUGGUCCUGAAGGUAGUGAAUUUGAAGGUGGGAUUUACCAUGGUCAGAUUUCUCUUCCCACUGAGUACCCUAUGAAGCCGCCCAAUAUUAUGCUACUGACGCCGAAUGGUCGUUUUGAGCAGUACCGCCAAAUAUGUCUUAGCAUUUCUGGCUACCAUCCGGAAACAUGGUGUCCCUCUUGGUCCAUUAGAACAGCUUUACUUGCAAUUAUUGGUUUCAUGCCGACUUCAGGCGCUGGUGCAAUUGGUUCCAUGAGUGUUUCUACUGAGGAACGUCGCAAGCUCGCUGCAAGUUCAAGGAGCUUUACCUGCGAUAUUUGCGGUCCAACCAGAAAUCUACUCCUUCCUGUAACCGGUGCUUCUUCUUCAGCCGUCAAGGAGGCCCAGGAAUUAGCCUCGCAGGUUAUCAUUACGGAUCCUGGUACCACGAAGGAGGCGCCUCUGGAAUCAAAUGACGCAGAACUUCAGUCAAAAGCUCAAAAAACUCCGGAACCUGGUGUUGUUAAUGGUGGAUUUUCAACUUCUCUCCCACCACAGCUAUCAGCACUCCAAGGAAUGCCAAGACCAGCCUACUGGCUAUGUUACCCCGUCUUUCUGUCGAACAGGAACACUUCUACAAAGGCUCCGGAAAAGGCUGCUGGUGAUUUUAAAAAAGAACCACCUCUUAGCUUUGAAGAGUGGCUUAAAAAACGUUUGUGA